AUGGGAAAAGCUGAUACUAAAGACGCCAAGGUGCGACACAGCCCGCUUCAUGUCGACAUGAGCCAGGGCAGCGGACUUCUUCGAGAAUCCGCCAAGCAGAAGACUUCCCGAAACACCAAGAAGACCGAUGCUGCAGAGGAGGAUUUUAUUGAUUCGGCCACUUCGCGACGAAUUCUGCAGAUGGCACGGGAUCAGCAGCGAGAGCUGGAUGAGGAGGAGCGAGGCGAGGAGUUUCCCGAGGAUGACGAUGUGGAAUUCGAGGACGAAGACGAGGAGGAGGAUGAGGAGGAGUACGAGGAGUACGAGGAUGUGCAACAGGAGUUUAUGACCCCUGAGGAUGCUGCUCUGUACGCGAAGUACUUCAAUGAGGACGAGCCUGUUUCUCUGGCCGAUAAGAUCAUGGCCAAGAUUCGAGAGAAGGAAGAGGAGGAGCAGUUUGAGCGAACUGGAGAGGCCCCUGGAACCUCCCAGGGUUUGGAGGGAGAGGGAGUCAUGCUUCCACCCAAGGUCAUUGCAGUCUACGAGAAGGUCGGAGAGCUUCUGAGCCGAUACAAGUCUGGAAAGCUGCCCAAGGCAUUCAAGAUUGUGCCUACGCUGCGAAACUGGCAGGAUGUUCUGUACGUGACCGAUCCUGCUAGCUGGUCUCCCAACGCAAUCUACGAAGGAACAAAGAUGUUUGUGUCCAACCAGCAGGCUAAGGAGGCCCAGAAGUUCAUCCAGAUUGUGCUGCUGGAGCGAUUCAAGGAGGAGAUUGAAGAGAAGAAGACCCUAAACUACCACGUUUAUCGAUCCCUGAAGAAGGCUCUGUAUAAGCCUUCUGCCUUCUUCAAGGGUUUCCUGUUCCCUUUGGCUGAGCAAUGCACACUCAAGGAGGCCAUCAUUGUCAGCUCCAUUCUGUCCAAGGUCUCUAUCCCCACUUUGCAUUCUGCUGCUGCUCUCAUGAGACUGGCUGAGAUGCCUUAUUCCGGCCCCACUUCUCUGUUCAUCAAGGUGCUGCUCGACAAGAAGUACGCUCUGCCCUACCGAGUCGUUGACGCCGUGGUCUUCCAUUUCAUGCGUUUCGCUCACGUUGAAGAGGCUCUCCCCGUCAUCUGGCAUCAGUCCCUUCUGGUCUUUGCCCAGCGAUACAAGAGUGAUAUCACGGAGGAUCAGCGAGACGCUCUUCUGGAUGUCAUCAAGGUCAAAAACCAUCCCAAGAUUACACCUGAAAUUCGACGAGAAUUGAUUUCUGGCGAGUCUCGACCUAUUGUGGAUGAGCAGAUGGAGGUUUAA